ACUUCAACCACUUCACAGGGCAGGCAUGGAUACGGCAUUGAUGCGGGCGAUUAGGUUUAACAUCGCGUUUAAAAAUAAACAAACCAUGUUUAAAGAGCUAUUGGUGGCCACGUUGUUGGCCUGUAUGAGCCCGAGCCGAGUCCAUGGGUUGGGCGACCAGUGCGGCGGCCACGAGCUGCCCCACAGCCCGCAACGGGACCACUGGCUACAGGUGCUCAAACACGAAGAAUCUAGCCCGUUCAACAACAACCCGGGCACUUACAAAGUGUACCGCAAUGUCCGCGACUACGGGGCCAAAGGGGACGGCGUAACCGACGACUCCACGGCCAUCAACCUGGCCAUCAGCGAAGGCGACCGGUGCGGCAUCGGCUGCGGC